AUGGACUUCCCUCCGGAAUUGGAACGUCUCAUCUUCCUUUUCGCCAUGAGGACCGAUCCUUCUAUUGUGCCAACGUUGAAACUUGUGGCUCACCGUGUACAAACUUGGACUAAUGAGAUAUUGCAUGAAUACGUUCUUUUGGAUGAUUGGAAUAGAUCCGAGGGGGAUUUGAAACACGGGUUGGGUCCAGUUCCUGGCAAAAAUCAACUUUAUGCUGGACACGUUUCCUCAGCAUUCGCUAAAAACGUCUCCAGCCUUUGCCUCACGUACAACCACGAACUUUCAGUGGAACAGUUGAGGUUUCUUGCCAGCUGCAAUUCGCUCUCUAGACUGGCUCUAUGGGUAGAUUUUUCUGAACGGACCGAGUUGGCGGCGGUGUUAGUCUCCCUUUCCCUGCAGAUGCUAUCCAUUGAAGUCGGGCACUUCAUGCGGCUUCUUAGAUUCCCUUCCGUACCUCACGUCUGGACGUCGCGGCUCACUCAUUUGGAGCUCGUAUUCUGGACCGCAGACGUUAAUCUUGAUACCCUAUCUUUUGCUCAUCUUCCUUUACUCCAGCACAUUUGUUUCGUCUGGGGCAGGCGAACCUAUCCUUCAACUGUCAAGCUAGCCCUCGAAUCUUGUGUUUGUCUUUGUACACUGGUCAUUCUGACUGCUUCUGGUCAGUGGGCGGAUUUCGACAAAUAUAGAAACCUACCGGAAGCAAAAGGCGUCAAUAUUGCCUUACUUCCAAGUGUCAGACAGGCCACGUACGAAUGGGUACCAGGCGGUCCUACGGUCUGGCAUCGCGUACAAGAAUCUCUCAACUCACAGCGCAGCACCCCUCUCAUUACGGCCAACGGCCAGGCUAAUACGUUGCUUUAA